AUGUUCUUGGAUCAGCACUACCAGCAGACGGAUCUUCCAGCAGGACACAGCUGCGGCAUCCUGGAUCGCAGCGACUCGUCACAGCCAUGGACGCCCUCAGGGCUGCACUACUUCGCUGGAGUUCUACCGAACGGGAUCAGCCUCAUUUGGGGACCGUGGAAGGGGCCGAUGCAGGAGAUGACGACGCUGCUGGACGCGCAAGUCUGUGCGAAACUCGAGCAGAGCGCGGAGGAGGCUGGAGUGGACUUCUGUGCGUGCUCACAGAGCUCGAACCUUCUCUCGGCUCGGCUGUAUCCCAUGAAUGAAGCUUGUGCUACCGAGAUGGAAACGGAGAGUCAGAGACCUUUGGAUUCUCUCAUGUCACGAUUCCGCCUAUUGGCCAAAGAUACCUUCGGGGAAGCGGUCAAGAUCUGGAGCACCCUCAAUCAUCGUUGCAAUAUGCGUCUGGGCGCACAGAAGCUGGAAAGAGCUUUCGUUGUACAGCUCCUCAUCUUCAAUAUCCGAUCCAUUUUCAGCAGAGACCAAAUCACCGAAGAGCAGGAAAAGGCAGAUUUGUUUCUCAGGAUAUCCUUGGAAGAUUAUCUGUCGAAAAUCCGAGGCUGCCAUGGUAAUUGA